CUCCAGGAAAAGCAGCCCAGUACUGCACAGUGUUCAACUUAUAACAGAGCCACUCAUUCACUAACUUAAAAGACAUGCUAUUUUGAAGAGAAGUAGCACAAAAAUUAUAAAGAAGGGAAAAGAUAUAGUGAGUGUGACAAAGGUACAGUAAUACAUUUAAAAUGGCAACAGCUGCAAUCAUGAAAUCAAAAUUAUCCAUCAGUAAUGAUGCAAGUCAAAUAGUUAAGACUAACACUAAUGAUUUAAUAAGAAAUAUUCCACCCAAACAAAAUGAAAAUGGAAAAGAAUUAGGUGAUGGUAAAUCAUAUUCAAAGAAGAAGAAAUGGAAAUGGAGAAAAAAUAAAAAGCCAGUAAAGAGUAGUACUAAUCAGAGUGCCAGUGAGACAAGCUCAAGUAUACAAAUAAGUCAUCCAGUUAUAAGUAAACUUGAGGGAAAUUCAGAUUCACUGCAGCCAGCAAAGAAGAGGAGGAGGAAGAAAAAGAGCAAAGGAGCAGUAGAAGUGACCUCGGCAGAAAACACUACAGGUUUCAAACCAGUGCUCAUCCUCAAGAAACCAGAUGAUUAUUCAGCAAACUGGAAGCAACUUAAGGAGAUUAUCACCAAGGAAGACAAAAAGGUAACAGAAACACCAACCUCUGGCACAAAAGAAGGGAAGAUAAAUAAACAGAAAAGUAAAGUUGGUGGUGAAAAUGAGAAUACACAGAAACAUAAAAAGAAAAAGAAUAUUGGAAAUGUGUCAUUAGCAGAUCAGGAAAAGGAAAAGUUAGAUAUCUGGUUUGAUAAUGUUGAUCCAAUUCUUCUCUAUGAGGCAGAAGAAGACAUAGUUAUGGAGAAUAAGAGAGGAAUGACUCACAAAGAAGUUACUAAAGAUUCAAGAUCUGAUGAUACGGGACACACUGCGGCCCUUGUGAAAACAAAGUCAUUUGAAGGUGUAACAAAAGUUAUUGCAAUGGACUGUGAGAUGGUGGGAGUCGGAAUGAAUGGUCAAGACUCAAUACUAGCAAGAGUGUCAGUUGUCAACCAUUUUGGUAAGGUGUUAUAUGACAAGUUUGUCCAGCCUAUGGAAGAAGUCAUAGAUUACCGAACAGAAGUAUCUGGGAUCCGGCCAAGUGAUUUGGAAGAUGGUGCUGAUUUUUCUACAGUGCAAAAAGAAAUAUCAGAACUAAUCAAAGGAAAGAUAUUGGUGGGCCAUGCUUUACUCCAUGACCUUAAGGUUCUGUACCUCUCCCAUCCACGAUCACACAUUAGAGACACAUCAAGAUACAAGGGAUUUCUUCGUUUGUUUGGGGGAAGGACUCCCAGCCUGAAGAAGCUGACUGAGAGGUUGAUGGGUGUUAAAAUCCAAGAAGGAGAACACAGUUCAGUCCAAGAUGCGCAAGCUGCCAUGCGUCUAUACACAAUGCAUCGUAGACAGUGGGAAAACCUCAACUCCAAGAAGCAAAGAAAGCUUGCUGGGGGGGGCAAGAAGACCAAAGCAACCACAGCUGUGAAUCAGAAAGAGAGUACCAAUAAUGGUGAUGAAUAACUUAACAAACAGGUGAACUGUAACAUAUAUGAUAUACAGGUCCUCUAUAAUUUAUUUGGUAGCUUUUGGUAGCUACUCCAAUUGUAAGUCCUUA